AUGGAAUUCGUUAAUCCUCUCCAGUUUUUUAAAGAUAAGACUAUUUUAGUCAUUGGUGCUACUGGCUUUCUAGGAAAAGUUUUUGUGGAGAAGAUCCUGAAGAUUCAACCAAAUGUAAAAAAAUUGUAUCUUCUUGUGAGAGCAGCAGAUGCAAAGUCUGCAAUGAAUCGAAUUCUUGAUGAGGUUGAGAAGGACUUGUUUAAUGUGCUGAGGGAUAAACUUAGUGCCAAUUUCAAGUCCUUUAUAUUGGAAAAGGUGGUAGCAGUAGUUGGAGACGUUUCUGAAGUGAACUUGGGAGUAAAAAAUGUUAAAGGAUCAGUGGUACACUAG